ACUGUCAAGAUGGCGGCCCCCAGGAGUUGCGCUCUAUGGGGCAACUGCGGCCGUGGGUGGUCGCGGUUGAUGCGGGGCUGCCGACUCCCCGGGCUUCGUAGCUCCUGGCCUGGGAGCCCGCUGGUUGCGCGGCUCUUGUCCCAAGAGAAGCGGGCAUCGGAAACGCACUUCGGGUUUGAGACUGUGUCGGAGGAAGAGAAGGGGGGCAAAGUCUAUCAGGUGUUUGAAAACGUGGCCAAGAAGUAUGAUGUGAUGAAUGAUAUGAUGAGUCUUGGUAUCCAUCGUAUUUGGAAGGAUUUGCUGCUCUGGAGAAUGCACCCAUUUCCUGGGACCCAGCUCCUCGAUGUUGCUGGAGGCACAGGUGACAUUGCAUUCCGGUUCCUUAAUUAUGUUCAGGCACAGCAUCGGAGAAAGCAGAAGAGGCAGUUAAGGGCCCGGCAAAAUCUAUCCUGGGAAGAAAUCGCCCAACAGUACCAGAAUGAAGAGGAUUCCUUGGGCGGUUCCCACGUCAUGGUCUGUGACAUCAACAAGGAGAUGCUGAAGGUUGGGAAGCAGAAAGCCCAUGCUCAAGGAUACAAAACUGGACUCGCUUGGGUAUUGGGAGAUGCUGAAGAACUGCCCUUUGAUGACGACAAGUUUGACGUUUACACCAUUGCCUUUGGGAUCCGGAACGUCACCCACGUCGAUCGGGCACUCCAGGAAGCCCAUCGAGUCCUGAAACCAGGAGGACGGUUUCUCUGCCUGGAGUUUAGCCAAGUCAACAAUCCCCUUGUGUCCAGGCUCUAUGACCUCUAUAGCUUCCAGGUCAUUCCUGUCCUGGGAGAAGUGAUUGCAGGAGACUGGAAGUCCUACCAGUACCUUGUGGAGAGUAUUCGACAGUUCCCAUGUCAGGAGGAGUUCAAGGAGAUGAUAGAAGAUGCAGGCUUUCAGAAGGUGACUUACGAAAGUCUGACAUCAGGCAUUGUGGCCAUUCAUUCUGGCUUCAAACUCUUAACUCCUUUACAGUCCUAGAGCGUGAACCACUCACAUCCUGUCACGAGGCUGCAGCAGAAGGAUAAUCAGGCUGGUGAGACCAGCAACAGAACGUCCCCGCCUAGGGGUAUGUGCCUCGGACUCACUUCUGAUAUGACCAGUCUCAAAGUGGAAGAAACAAAUUCCUGUCACUUUAUUUCACCUUUCAUCAGGAACCGCUUCAGGCCUUCUCCCUGAGGUAUUAUUGUGUCUGUGUUUUUUGCCCAGUUCCUGCUAUUUUUUUCUCAGCUGUGCAGUGCGUGGUGUAGGUAAAACCAGCACUAAGGCGGUUUUGAAGCGUGUUUGUAGUUUCUCUGCUGGCACUGACUUCCAGAGGGACAGUGAAUCAUUGGAAUCUAAUGAUUUGAACCAGAAACCUUCCUAACUGUACCUGAGUCAACCUUUCAUCCUAGGACUAGUUGAAGGACAAAAGCCAAGGCCCAUCAGAGGGCUGACGACCGCAACCAGAAUUAUGUACUGAACCACUAAAUGAGUUUACGGCUUGUUUGGUAUUUGUGACUUAUUUUUUCCUGAGGGAAAUACAUUUGUCAUCAUUCAUUCAGUGCUCUUCUUUCUACCAAAGCCACUGUUGUACCCUCCGUGCCCGUCAGGAAGAAAGCAACUCAACAACUCCUCGAAAGAAUAAAUGUACCGGCAAACUCCUACGAUUUAGUCUUAUAUAAAGAGCUUCUUUGUCAGAAUACAUUUGAAGAAAGGCUUUUAAAGCAAAAAAAGUUUUAAAACUAUUUAGCCUAAACCCCUCCAGCCCUCAGGGCUCUUGUAUCCUUAAUACAGUAAUUGGCGUUAAAAUGAGGCAUGUUUUGAAUGUACAUAGAGCUUAAGGUUUUUGUGGGGCCUUGCUAAGUAAGAAAUUGCAUAAGCCAACCUGUGAGUUGCCUGGCAGUUUGUUCAUUGUAGAUUAGCUUAGUCCAGGGCUAUUUGAAAAGGCUUCCUGUAUGGUGCCUCUUGUCCCAGCACAGUAGGGGUCAUUUAUGUGCCUUCACUCUUAAGAUCUUGCCCUGUCACUGGUAAGCAUUCAGAUAUAGCAAUCUAUAUGCAACUAACUGAAAGACAGCAACCAGGAGCAUUUAAUAAAAUGCUAAGCCUUA